CCCGUAUGUGAGUUGAAGGUGAGGGCGGCAUUUUGUUGUGGGACGUCUGACAGACACAUAGUUCGUUCACAUUAUUCUAGGACUCAUAAUAUUGUCUGGGAAAAGUGUUACAACAACGAAGUGAAUGAUUAUUGGUUGCUGUACGUUGUGUCAAAAGUCAAUCUCGCUGUCCGACCUGUAAUGCAAUGUUGAGCGGACAUGGAUGAGAAUGUAGAUCACGUGCAGGACAUCGAUGUUGGAAAUGACAAUGAUAAAGUUGUUAUUCUGAGAAAUAACCAGGAAGAAACCAUUGGUGAUAGUAAAACACAAGAAAACACAAAUCAAGAUGUUGAUAAAGAAAACGGCAACGAUUUGAGCACUGCAGAUGACAACCAAGAAGAACGCAUUGUGGCUGGACAUAAUGACGGUGACAACGACAACGACAGGAAUCAGUCUGAAUCAACAGACACGUGUGAAGCGAAAGAUAUUAAGGAAGUCAUUGAAGAUAAAAAUAAAAGUGAGAUUGAGAUAGUAGGCAGCAUGCAUGGAAUACCUGAUCAUGGUGCUGGUGGUGAUGGUGUUGAUAAUGUAGGUGUCAAAACUGAAGAUUUAAUGCAGGAGAAGACAGAAGAUGACAGUCUUGCUAAAGAAGAGAUGAAGGGUGAUUUUCGAAAUCCCCAGUUACUUGACAGCAAUGGUAGAAGUCAGCUUUAUGAGAGAGGUAGACAGUAUGACCAGAAAUCAAUGAAGGACCAUGCUUUGAAUUGUUACUUAGGGUGUCUUACUGGCCUAAAUGAAGACAAUCAAUUUUCAAACCUACCACAGUGUUUACAUCAGAUUGCUGAUAUAUAUUUUGAGAAGGAAGAAUGUAUCCUUUAA